AUGCAUGGUCAAUUCAGGGGGUUUUUAUGCGACGAUAGUGAAGAUUUUUCUGAUGAAGUUAAACUAUUGGGAGCAGAACGCUGCAGAGAGCUAUACGACAUUCUGAAAAACAAAUUUGGUUUUAAUCAUUUUCGACACAGGCAGAAAAUGGCUAUAGUGGCCUCACUUCUUGGCUAUGAUUGUUUUAUUUUAAUGCCAACUGGUGCUGGGAAAAGCUUGUGCUAUCAGCUUUCUGCAGUAUUAUCUCCUGGAGUAACAGUAGUUAUCUCGCCACUUAGGUCUUUGAUUGAAGAUCAGAGGAUGAAAAUGAAACAGUUGGAAAUUAAUUGUUGCGCCCUUACUUCUGAUUUGAGUCAGGCAGAGACAAACCGUAUAUAUGCUCAACUCUCUGAAACAAAUAUGCAAGUCAAGUUGCUGUAUGUGACUCCUGAAAAGAUAUCUGCAUCUGAAAGACUUAAUUCAGUGUUUCGUUCUUUGCAUCGUCGCGGCCUUUUAUCGCGAUUUGUUAUUGACGAAGCGCAUUGUGUUUCUCAGUGGGGACAUGAUUUCAGACCAGAUUACAUCAAAUUGCAAGUGUUAAGGUGGUUUUACCCCUUAGUUCCAAUAAUGGCAUUGACCGCUACAGCAACACCCAAAAUUGUGACAGAUACAAGGAUUAGUCUAUCAAUGACAAAAAGCAAAUUGUUUAUCAGCAGCUUUGUUCGAACGAAUUUGAUGUACACAGUUGUAAAAAAUGAACCGAAAAUGUUGAAGGAGUUAAUAAGACGUGUGAAGUCAUGGUACCCUCCCAAAUCCGGGAUAUUCUAUUGUUUGUCUAGGUUUUUAAAAGAUUGUGAGGCGGUCGCAAAGCUUCUAGUUCAGGAAGGCGUUGCUGCGGAUGUUUAUCAUGCUGGACUAACCGAUAAAAAGAGGCUUGAAGUUCAAACUAAGUGGAUGAACAACGAGAUUUAUGUGAUAUGUGCUACAAUCGCUUUUGGCAUGGGAAUCGACAAACCAGAUGUUCGCUUUGUUGUACAUACAAGUAUGCCAAAGUCUAUUGAAGGUUAUUAUCAAGAGACUGGUCGUGCAGGAAGGGAUGGAUUAGAUUCUUACUGUUGGCUUAUGUACAGUUACAAGGAUUCAAUUAGACUAAGAAAAUUGCUUGACGGUAAACACCUUACUGCUGGGGUUUUAAAGAUGCAUAUCACCAGCAUUUUGCAAAUGCUUGCUUACUGCGAAAACGUUUCGGUUUGCAGAAGAAAGCUUUUAGUGGAACAUUUUGGCGAGGUAUAUGACGCUGAGGCUUGCCGAACGAGUAGAACUCCAUGUGAUGUUUGCCUGCAACAGAAAGCAAAUAAGGUCCCGACUUGCUCAACUUCGAUGUUAAAAAUGCGGAAUGUUACAACAAAGCGUUUAGCAGACCUUUACAGAGGAGAUAAUACGAAAAAAACCCAGGAAGCGGCUUCAAAAUGUGGACGCAGCUGCAGCGCAUUGCGGGGUCGCGGCGUCGGCAUGACAGAGGCUGAUGCUUUACGAUUUAUGCAUAAACUUGUUGUUGAAGAAUUUAUAGAAGAGAAACUAUAUCGUCUUGCAAAUAUCGACACCAUAAUUUCGUACGUCGAAGUCACGCAAAAAGGCAAGGACUUUGUGAGCGGCAAGUCAAGAUGCAGGGUGAAUCAAUGCAUUUUUACAAAAUUAUACUUUUCAAAGAAUCGUGUGGAAGACACGGUGCAGCUACAGAUGGCUGCUGUUAGUGAAGCGCAAUGCUUAGAGGGCUUUAAUAGUCACCUGGUAAUUAUAUUUAAAGGUGUGGAACAGAUUGCCGCUGUUAUGCCUCGAACGAAUUCGGAUCUUUUGGAAAUAGAAGGUAUGACUAAACGGAAGGUGGAACGAUAUGGACCUAAAAUUAUGGGUGUACUUAAAAGCUACUGGACGGAAGUUGAUUGUAAUUUUUUUGAUAUCUUGGCCAAUUGUGGUGGCAGUUUGACUGUUGAUCGACAAGAUAGUGCUGGAGUAGUUUGCUUAUCUAACUCGUCUCGCAGUCACAACUAUGCCUAUUACAAACGUGGUAGGGGAAGUUUAAGAGGAGGAACGAAAAAAGGCGGGUCAUCUCGGGCCAAAAAAACUGCUAAUUCUAUGCUGUUCCCAAGUUUUUGA